AUGAAGCGCUUUCCAGGUAAAGACAAUGAGUACUCGAUCAAUGUGAUUAUUGUACGCACUGAGCAAGAGACUACUAUUACUCCGAAGCGCCAGCCGCUACGCCAGCCGCGGCGUGCGAAGAAGAGCCACCAAGUUGGUAUCCAGAUCAAGAGAGAAGAGCAGGGAGAGCAGGGAGAGCAGGGAGAGCAGGUUGAAGAAGACGAUGACCUUGACCUGGAUAAUAAUCUCCCAGACCCUUCAGUGCUUUUCAACUUUCGACCCCUUCCUCGUCUUCCUUCUCGUGGAGUAUCCGAUCUGCUGGCUGGGAUAAGCCAGCAGAUCCGCCAGGAAGACGAACAGCAGAUUCACCAAAUUAUUCGCCAGGAGGGUGAACAGCAGAUUCACCAAAUUAUUCACCAGGAAACCGAGCAGGAGACCGAGCAGGAUAUCGAGGAGACCGAGGGGAAUAAGGAGAGCGAGCAGGGGGUCGAAGAGACUAUGCCAGAGACUGAGCAAGAGGUUAGCCAGGAGGUUAGUCUACUAUCAAAACCUCGCCGUCGCCGCCGUGAAAUAUCAACAAGCUCGUUGGUAUCGCCCCCAAGGACUCGAAAGCGUUAUCAAUUGAAACCUCAGGAUCAUGAGCGCAUGCAGGCGUCUGGGCCAACUCCGCAGACCUGGUCGCGAUCGCAGGAUUGA